GACAGCGCUCUAUCACCUACAUUUGGAGAACCCAAAGCUAAGAUGAAGAAACAUGGUCGCUAUUUCUCCCUGGUGAUUGUGCUUUUAGGACUAGGAAUCCUUUUUACAUUGCUUAAUAUCUAUGAGCUUUAUAAAAUGAGGGAAACCGGAGUGUUACAACAGGCUAAUCUGCCAGAGGCUGAGGAAAGGACAGGAAAAUAUGAUGUCAGGAAGCCCAUAGUGUGGGUGGAAGGUAAAAAGCUAGAGUCCGGAUACCUGAAUCACGUCAUAUCCGUGUUUGAGAGGAUAGGAUAUGCUGUUGGUGAUAACAAGUCUGAUUGGGAUGUACUCUGGUCACAUGAGUAUCCGUUUGUACAGUUGGCCAAAAAAAUCUCGAAUCUUAAGCCUCAUCAGAAGGUAAACCAUUUCCCUGGGUCAGGUUUCAUCACCAGCAAGGUUCAUCUAGCAGUUUCCACAAAUCCCUAUAUACCCAGGGCCUUCAGGAUCCCCAAGGAAAAAGACAAAUUUCUUCAAUAUGCAGAGGAGCACCCAGACACGCUGUGGGUCAAGAAAAGGAACAAUCACAGGGGGAUCAAGAUAACAAAUGUACAGGAACUAGACUUGUCAGAGGAAGGUUCCUUUGUUCAGGUGUUUGUGGACCGACCAUUUCUUAUUGAUGGCAGGAAGUUUGACAUUGGAGUUUACACCAUAUUGACAUCUAUAAAUCCACUGAGAGUGUAUACUAUAGAAACUGAGGCUUCUAUCAGGUUCUGUUCUCAAGAUUAUUAUCCUUUUGAUGCUCGUAACACUAGCAAGUAUGUCGUGCGAGAUGACUUCACUCCAGUUUGGAAGAUGCCAUCCCUGAAAAAGCUGAAUAGAGAAUUAAAUUUCAACUUUAAAGAAUCAUUGAAUGCCUAUUUGGAAAGGAAAGGUCACAACGUGCGGAAGUUGUGGCGUGAUAUUUCGGCUGCUAUCAGGACUGUCUACUUACAGAAGGAGGCGGCCAUCAUUUCCGCUUCAAAUAUGUUCUCUUCUUCAAGGAAUUUCUUUGAACUGGUUCGAUUUGACUUUGCCGUAGAUGAGGAUUUAAAUGUUCACCUGAUGGAGGUGAACAUGUCUCCUAACCUGUCCUCAGAUCACAUCCCACGAAAUGCCGAGAUGUACGACAAAGUUAUGUUCAACUUACUGAGUGUGGUAUUAGUCACUCGGCCAGUCAAAAAUGACUUCUAUAAAAGUUCAGAGGAUGAAGCCAAUAUGAGAGUAUCUGACAAGGACAUUUCUAUAUUCCCUGAGUGGUGUCUCAGUAAAUCAUGUGUAUACAGUUGUAGAGAUGAAAAGUGUCAGUUAUGUAGCCAGUGUGUAUCUCUGACAAUGAAGAAAACACUGAAGCUGGCUUAUCUAGAACAUAUAAAUAAAGGAAACUGUGGGCGUGUCUUCCCGCCAAAAAUGACCGAAGAGUUUGCUCUAGAAUGGCCCCCCUCAACCAAAGACCCAGAAUUUCAGCGUCUGAAUAAGAGGAAUAAGUUGAUGUACAUGUGGUUUGUUGGCAAAUGUAGACAGAGUGCGGCCUGGUGUUAAAACAAAAACAAUCCAUCAUCCUUAUCAAACGAAUAACCACUUAAACAAAAACUGCUAUUUCAGUGCAGAUUUUCUAAUACACGAAAGAGUUACAUGGUCUAUUUUUAAAUUUCUUUCAAAGAAAAUCUAAUUAGGAUAUUUAUUUGUUUGAAAUGUUGAAAAGACACUUGAAAAUAUCUGUCUGUGUAGCUGUCUGUCUGAUUGUCUGUUUGUCUGCAAAAGAUGACCCAUAGCUAUAACUUUUGAUUGGUUGCGACUAUGGCUUUGAUAUUUUACAUGUGUACUCCUUGUGACAAAAUCUUUUUUUCGGUAACAUCAAAUUUGGCAUCUGACCUUGAACGUCGAGUCUAACCCGAUUUUGCAAAAUUUUAACCAAAUUUGGCAAUAUCUUUUGAACAGUUGGUGCUAGGGCUUUCAUUCUUCACAUAUGUUCAUGUACAUGUAAUCCUUGUGACAAGACUUUCCACAGGAUAUAAACAAUUUCGACCCAUUGAACCUGACUUUGAAGUUGAUAAAAUUAAGUUUGGUCGUAACUUUUGAACGGUCUUAGGCUUUCAUACAUCACAUAAUAAUGUAAUCAAUGUGACAAGACCUGCCUUCAAAUACCAACAACUUUGACCUUUGAUCAUUACCUUACCUUUUUACUAACAUACAUAUGUGCAUUUGAGAAUGUUUCGCCAUUGCUAUGAGUUACAAUACGGAGCCAUGGCUGAUAUAUUUCACAAAACCUUGUUUUUAUUUUGAAAUUUUAUAUUUUUUCCAAA